GCGAACAAAUGUGUUUGACGUAAACAAACUGGUUUGUCGCACACGCACGUUCCCGACGUCAAUUGUUUGACAGCGAAUUUCGCAGGAGCUCGUCGAGAUGACGUCGCUCGAUUUGAGGCAGCAGAAACUGGAGCAGCAGAGGCAGCUAAUUGCACAGAAGAUGAAGCAAAAGAGGCAGAGUGGUGCCAGUGGAAUGGUACAGGCAUCUACUGUGUCCAGUGCACAACUUACAGGGCAUUCUGCUAGAUGGAUGAACCCAAACAAGGAACUUCAUGCUUAUGACGGUCCACUUCAGUACACCAUGACACAAGCAAAUACCGACGUAGGACCUUACACGGAACGCAAAAAUAGCGAAGGGACGAUUAAUGCGAUAGCCAAUGAGAGAAGUUUAUACGAGAGUUCGCAAAGCGCUGAUUGCGCUGAUGAGGAAUCGUCGCCUGUAGAUUUGCACUCACCUUCGGAAACUCUGCCAUGUUCCUCGCCACUCCGAGUAGCACCGUCGGAGGGAUCCAAUACUCUCAUCAGUAGAGAGAAUAAUUCCUCGAGUCCAGAGUUAGAAGGAAAUGUGGAGGGGAACAUCGAGCAGUUCGUGUUGCAACCGGCGAAUAAGAAGAUGCAUUACAAGUGUCGAAUAACGCGCGACAGGAAGGGGAUGGACCGUGGCCUUUACCCGACUUACUUCUUGCAUCUAGAGCGCGAUUACGGGAAGAAGAUCUUCCUGUUGGCCGGUCGGAAACGGAAAAAAAGUGCAACGAGCAAUUAUUUAAUAUCGACCGAUCCGACGGAUCUCUCUAGGGGCGGGGAGUCCUACGUCGGUAAGCUCCGAUCGAAUCUACUCGGCACGCAAUUCACGGUGUACGACAACGGCUAUUCGUUGAUGAAGGACGACAAGCGCGACGAACGUUUCAAUCCGCGGCAGGAAUUGGCCGCGGUGGUGUACGACACGAACGUUCUGGGCUUCAAAGGACCGCGCAAAAUGACCGUUAUCAUACCGGGCAUGACGCCCGACCAAAAGCGAGUGGAAAUAUGCCCGCGAGAAGAAUCGGACACUCUGAUUGAGCGCUGGAAAUUGAAACACAUGGACAACUUGAUAGAGUUACACAAUAAGACACCCGUGUGGAACGACGACACGCAGUCUUACGUAUUGAACUUCCACGGGCGAGUGACUCAGGCGUCCGUGAAAAAUUUCCAAGUCGUCCACGACAGCGACGUGGACUACGUUGUGAUGCAGUUCGGACGUGUCGCGGAGGACGUUUUCACGAUGGAUUACAGAUUUCCCCUCUGUACGGUCCAGGCAUUCGCCAUCGCUCUAAGUAGUUUUGACAGUAAACUGGCAUGCGAAUAACGACGCAGCUCUCGACGCAGCAUACGGUCGCAUGUGAACCGUCAUUUCUAAGUAUACUACUUUCCCACGAGUUACUACAUCAUUCUAAAUCGAUAGCUUUUUAAUGGACAAUCAUUAGGUGUAUUACGGUACAGAAGGUGUGAAUGACAUUACGGUGUACCGAACUAUUUUAUAAGAACGCGAUCACGACGCUAAAUCGUGACGCGACAAUUACUCUGAAUGUGUGUUCACUUUACCGUAUUUCGUAUGACGAAUCUAUUUCUAUUCUCGGAAUGUAUAAUGCGCGACUACACGGCGACUCCGACAUUAUUCACGAUACAUCGGUGCGAAAGAGCGUGGAAUACACACACGAAUCUCUACAAUAUUGGCGUGUCCUUUUCAAUAUUGCACGUUACAUUCUGGUCAUUUUCUCAUUACUCGACAUUGGUUAUCGAUAAAUUUAUUUAUGUAAAGUUAUUAAAACUAUUUAUGCGCGUGCCUCAUUUUGACGGCCAGUGAGAACUUUUCCGUCGAGAUAGUUCGGAAACUGCAGCUAUACAUUUUUUAUUGAACGUUCGGUGUAUUCUUCACGAAAUGAUAAUUCACACGUAAGGUGUUUGUAAAUGAUAAGUCAUAAGUACGGUAUGAUUUUACAGUGCCUUCGCAUGAUGUUCACUGCACAUUUAAGGAAGUCACAUCUAUGAAUCUUUUUGUUACCGAUUACAAAGUAGCGAAGCUGUUUUGCGGUAUGAAAACAGCGCGUGAUGUAUAAGUUUCACGAAAAGGAAGCGAUAUCGUCGUUAGUGAUCGAUAACGAAAACGGUAUAGGUAAUGUAAUAAAAAGUGACAUUUAAAAAUGCAUUAAUAUUUAAUAUUUAAAAUUGCGAAAUUGAUAUCGAAUAUUUGAACUUGCAAAAUUAACUGGUAUAAAAGCUCGCAACGCUUCUCUUACACGCGAGAUACACAUAUCUUAUGGUUGUAUUUUUGGUUUACGCAACACUCGAUGUAACAGUAAUCAAGCUAACAACAUUCCUACCUUUCGUAAGGAAAUUAUACGCAAGGAUCUAUACGUCACCGAUUUUUUAUCACUAUUAACAACGUGGAGAUGUGCAAUUUUUCACAAUUAUUAGAACACUGAAGAUAUUCAAGCAUAUGAGCACAGCACAGCAUUAAUCAGAAUAUACAUCUUCAAUCGUAUUCUCUCUGAUGACAAAUCCAUUCAGUAUUAUGCCACGAGAAUCGACAUUUUUUACUAAGAUUGAAAGUAUCACUGAUCAGUAUUAUGAAAGUAAUACUGACAUCAUCAUAGUGUAUUAAUUAUUUAAUGUUUUAUAUAUUAUUUCGCAUACAUAAUAAUAUAAUGUAUUCAUAUUAUAUAUAUAUUCAUUAUACAUUUUAUAGAUAUUACGCAUUAAGUAUUUAUGUUAUACAGGAUGUUUCUUAACUUUUAACGGACAGAGGCUUCGAAAAGCGUACGUACGUACGCUCGAAAUAAAGAAAAAUCGUUCGCAUGAGAAGGGGAAAGCACCCUGUAUAUAUAACAUAUAUUAAUAUUAUUUAUGUAUUGUAAUAACCAACGGUUGCUCUCUUACAUUACUCCGCAAACUUAACGUGACGUCUCGGAAGUAAUUUAAGACGGCGACCAAAGUUAAUUGAAAGAAACGAUUGCAUAUUAUUAUCGUAUUAUUAUAUGUUACGUGUACUAUAGUUAAAUAUCGGUAUAUAAGGAAAUGACCAAAGUAUUUUUACUGAAUUUUUCACGCGAUAUUUUAUAAGCACAACGGUUGUCUAAAUAUAUUGUCAGAUGGUUAGACAACAUCCGACGUAGAGCUAUUGUUUAAUCAUCUGAAUACCGAUUACAACGGUAGCUUUUAAUAUGCAACAACAAUGUUUGGCGGAUUGUUACAACAUAAUCAUCGCAAUAAUAUUUUAAGUAAAUAUCUGUAUCAUAUCAGCGAACGUUAAUUUCCCAAUUUGUAUCUGUAAUCUCACUGUAUUCGGUUGUUAUACGUGUGUUAUUUAUAUCACGAAUUUUUUCACAUUCCACUUCUCGUAAUUAUUAUAAAUGUAUGUAAUUUUCUUGUAUCAUCAUAUAUAUAUGAAUUUCACUGGUUCGUUUAAGCGAAACGCGCAUUCGUCAUCAUUGUUGAAUUUUGUGCGUAUUAUUUGUAUAUUCUAUAGGCAACUAUUAAUAAGACGCGUUUAUUUCUAUUUGCUUGUAAUUCACUAUUCGCCGGAGGACAAAGGCAUUUUGCACAUUCGACACACGUAACACGAUUAUGCGUUUAUCUAUCCGUAAUUGAAGAGUAUAUCUAGUCUUUUAUUAUGUACUAAUGUUAUACUUGGUACGUUAUGUAGUACGAUAAGUUGUUCAUUGUCCUCACAGCAACGUAUGAAAGAUGAGAGAAAAUUACAAUAAAGUCCACAUGCUUCUCUUAGAGCGAUGUAUUAGCUUAUCUUUUAUUCGCUCAAUCAUCGAAAUCGAAGACACUGUUGCUGAAGAGCAAAAAAAGGGAUAAAAAACUUAACAAUUUUAGUUCCCUAUUUGUCAUGGAUAUCGUUUGAUUAAAUGCGUAAGAACGUUCAUGUUUUCUUUUCCUUUAAAUUGUCAUCUGUUGAAGACGAAUGCAUCGCGUACGAUUGCGACGGUGUAGAAAAGGCACGUAGGAGGGAUGUGUAAUAACAUAUUAUUUAUUAUUACAAGAUUUAUAAAAGAAGGUAACAUUAAAUAUUCCCAACGUUACUCGGGCAGUAAAAUUCGUUAGAUCAGUGAGCGCGUUUUCUUACUUUUUUGUAUUUUUCAUGUAUAAAAAAACGUUUGUAUCUUGAUUAAUACAAUAAAGGCACUUAAGGUCUAGCACUCUUACACUGACAUAAAUAAGGGAUCACGAUACGACGAUCACUUUUCGCUUUAUUAUUUACAAUGAGCAUACAAUAGUGUUUUAAUUCUGAUUCGCGAUUAAAAUUAAUAACUUGGGCAGGUUUGCGUCACACGCUCCCCAUUAGAAUAAAAA